AUGAAUUACACCCCAAAAGAAUUAAAACAAGCUUAUCAGUUAGUCACCCAAGAUUUAUUUAAUCGCUUAAUCAAAGCCAAAAACAAUGAAACUAUCCAGAUUGGUUCCAUGGGUUCUUUAGGUUCUCUGAAAAAAACCGAAGGUCAAAUGGUGAGCCAUAUGAAAGCAUUUGGUCAGCCUGAUGCUCAGUUUCAAGGUCAGCAAAGCCAAACUCAAGCCCAAUUUCAAGAGCAAUCGGUUCAAAAUCAAACUAAUCAGCAACCAACUCAAAAAGAAAUGUUGACCGGACAAAAGAUACCUCCCACUGGAGUAUUAGCCGAUAUUUUGAAAAGCUUAGAAAAUAAUGCUUCCAAUCAGCUAACCAAUCUAAGUCAGCAAGUAGCUAGCACCAAUAAGUCUUUUCACUUGUUAGCCACCGAAACUAAGCGUAGUCUGGAAUUUAACCCUCGACCACAGCCGGAAUUUGAACGAAAUUAUAACGAAACUGAAUAA